AUGCCGCUACGGGCCGCCAAAUCUUUCAGACAGGCUGGUUUCCAGUUUGGAAUCGGCUUGGUCUUCUCCAACGCCGAUACCCUCAAACGCGUUCACACUGCUACUGUCGGCCCAUUCGAUCACAUUGAGACAGGCGUGAAAACGCGUCAAAGACUGUCAAGGGACUCUCUCUUCCGACUUUUUCAGACGAUGAAAGGCAAAAAGAUGCUCUUCAAAGCAUUGAGAGACACAAAGAUCUUUUGGGACACCGUUUCCGUCAACUGGGAAAUCCUCGAGGACCUCUCGGCUGAAGACGUUCGAGUCGUAGCGAUCACAUUCAUACAGGGUCGCAAGGCAUUCAAUGAUGAUCGACGACUGUGCCUGAGCAGUCGCAAUCAGAAGACACCUCUGAUCGAGGCCGUUGAUGCUUGGAUGACCAUACACGACGAAGUCAGCGCCUUGGAACCGCCGAAAUCAUUCGAGCUCACUCUCCGUCACCCUCUUUUGGAUACUACAAUCCACCAAGCCAAGGUUUGGCCACCUCAGUACCUGAAUGCCCAGGAAUGUGCUUGGAUCUCUGAUGAUCACAUCGAGAACCAGCUCCAGGCACGCCAGGGCUCGUUCCCAUUCACACCCGAGAGUGGCAAGGAUAUCCCUUGGAUUCCCCACAACGUUGCAUUCCCUCAAGACAUCAAGUUAUUUCUAUGCUGGGCUGUGUUGGCACGAUAUGAGCCGUCGGUCUCGAAGUUCUCCCUGUUUAUGGCCCCUAUUGCUUUCAGGGAUGAAGAUGAUCGAAAGGACUGGUAUCUCGCCACCGGUUCCCUGUCCAAGAGACACGCUACAAUUGGGGAGUUCUUCGACUAUGCAAUGAAUAUGCUAGAAGAGGAGGGCCGGGAGCUGGUGGUCGGCAUGAUGACAUAUUGGAUACCCGAUGCGCGCGAAUACGUGAAUAACUAUGACGAUGACAAGGAGCCGGGACAGACACGAGCAGAGUACUAG